UUGUCAGCUCAAUUGCAUUUACAGUGCAAGAGCACCCACCUGAAAGUCACCUCCAAUAAUAAGGAGAUCAACACCUGACCACCCUUUGAGUUCGCAUGACUUUGCGACCGAAGCAUAUAUCUCAUGUAACACUCCGUGGCCGCAGCCCUCUACGGCUAUGCGCAAGCCCUGCUGCUCGAUGAGGGUCGGCGCAGCCAUUGUGAUGCUGGAUGCGGCUGCCAAUUGACGGCAAGUAUUAGCAGAUCGACCACAACGCCCCCAGAAUUGCGCGUCACUAGCGCAGAAGUUGCGACUGGAGAUGGAGAAGGCGCAAACAGUGAGCGAAAGCUCAAGGGACCACUAGCGCCGGGGGUCUUUCUCGAAGUCCGCACGCGAGACCUUGAUGGUCCACAGCUGCUCGCGUCAAGCUCGUCUCGAACAACAUCACGCACAAAUGGACGCGACAGAGCUCGUGGAGCGUAGGUCGAAUUACCUUCGAAAGGCCGCACAUAUCCUGGCAGUCUCAUCACCAACUGCCGCAGCUUUCCUUGGUUCAGCACAGGACCGUCUGCUCGAAGAUGCUGAGAUAGAAUUGCAGCAAAAGGAAGUCGAUGCACUGCGAAGAAGUUUUUGUGGCGCCUGCGGCAGUCCCAUGAUAGCAGGAUGGUCUUGCAAAGUUACCCACCAGGCCGAUCGUAAGAGGGUGCGAAAGGGUAGGAAACUACUCAAAAGCACGACACAGCCCAGCAAGCAAGUAAUCUACAUCUGCUUGAGGUGUGAACGACAAACAAUCCAAUCACUGCAGGCCAGACCCGCGAAACACCUCAGAAAGUCGACAGCUACAAAAACCCCGCAGCCAUUGCCAGAGCCCAAGCAGCAGGCUCAAGAGGCCAGUAAGGUGGUAAAAUCGGUCAACGCGAGCAGCAAAGAGCGAAAGAAGGCUCGGAAGGGCGGUCUUGCAGCGAUGCUAGAGAAGAGCAAGUCUCAGAACACGAGUUCAGGCGGUUUAGACUUGAUGGACUUUGGCAUGUGAGCAGCAAUCUCGUAGGGCUGCAGAGCCGACAGGGUCCCAGCAGAAGGUUCCAGGUACCCCGCCACAGCGGCGCCAGGAUUUUGAAGGCCGAAAA